UGCAGCCACCACGACGCUCUUCUACGGCUACGGCUUUGUCUAUGCUGGUAUGGGGGUGGGAGCCUACGCGUAGGCCUUGGCUCUGUUUCCUGGUAGAAGCGACAGUUGGAAGUCCCUGCGGCGAUCAUGUUAACCGCGCGGGCUCAUUCUGCGGAACGAAGUCGGGCAGAGGGUGGGGAAGACUUUCGUAAGGAAGCAGCGUCUGAACCAGGUUUCAGGCCCAGUAUUUUCCUUUCCGUGGCCACGUGCAGACUGGCCCAGAGUUAAAGAAAGCAAGUAAACGCAUGACCUGCCAUAAGCGGUAUAAAAUCCAAAAAAAGGUUCGAGAACAUCAUCGAAAAUUAAGGAAGGAGGCUAAAAAGCGGGGUCACAAGAAGCCUAGGAAAGACCCAGGAGUUCCAAACAGUGCUCCCUUUAAGGAGGCUCUUCUUAGGGAAGCUGAGCUAAGGAAACAGAGGCUUGAAGAACUAAAACAGCAGCAGAAACUUGACAGGCAGAAGGAACUAGAAAAGAAAAGAAAACUUGAAACUAAUCCUGAUAUUAAGCCAUCAAAUGUGGAACCUAUGGAAAAGGAGUUUGGGCUUUGCAAAACUGAGAACAAAGCCAAGUCGGGCAAACAGAAUUCAAAGAAGCUGUACUGCCAAGAACUUAAAAAGGUGAUUGAAGCCUCCGAUGUUGUCCUAGAGGUGUUGGAUGCCAGAGAUCCUCUUGGUUGCAGAUGUCCUCAGGUAGAAGAGGCCAUUGUCCAGAGUGGACAGAAAAAGCUGGUACUUAUAUUAAAUAAAUCAGAUCUGGUACCAAAGGAGAAUUUGGAGAGCUGGCUAAAUUGUUUGAAGAAAGAAUUGCCAACAGUGGUGUUCAGAGCCUCAACAAAACCAAAGGAUAAAGGGAAGAUAACCAAGCGUGUGAAGGCAAAGAAGAAUGCUGCUCCAUUCAGAAGUGAAGUCUGCUUUGGGAAAGAGGGCCUUUGGAAACUUCUUGGAGGUUUUCAGGAAACUUGCGGCAAAGCCAUUCGGGUUGGAGUAAUUGGUUUCCCAAAUGUGGGGAAAAGCAGCAUUAUCAAUAGCUUAAAACAAGAACAGAUGUGUAAUGUUGGUGUAUCCAUGGGGCUUACAAGGAGCAUGCAAGUUGUCCCCUUGGACAAACAGAUCACAAUCAUAGAUAGUCCGAGCUUCAUCGUAUCUCCACUUAAUUCCUCCUCUGCGCUUGCUCUGCGAAGUCCAGCAAGUAUUGAAGUAGUAAAACCGAUGGAGGCUGCCAGUGCCAUCCUUUCCCAGGCUGAUGCUCGACAGGUAGUACUGAAAUAUACUGUCCCAGGCUACAGGAAUUCUCUGGAAUUUUUUACUAUGCUUGCUCAGAGAAGAGGUAUGCACCAAAAAGGUGGAAUCCCAAAUGUUGAAGGUGCUGCCAAACUGCUGUGGUCUGAGUGGACAGGUGCCUCAUUAGCUUACUAUUGCCAUCCCCCUACAUCUUGGACGACUCCUCCAUAUUUUAAUGAGAGUAUUGUGGUAGACAUGAAAAGGGGCUUCAAUCUGGAAGAACUGGAAAAGAACAAUGCACAGAGCAUAAGAGCCAUCAGGGGCCCUCAUUUGGCCAAUAGCAUCCUUUUUCAGUCUUCCGGUCUGACAAAUGGAAUAAUAGAAGAAAAGGACAUACAUGAAGAAUUGCCAAAACGGAAAGAAAGGAAGCAGGAGGAGAGGGAGGACGACAAAGACAGUGACCAGGAAAUCGUUGAUGAAGAAGUUGAUGAAGACAGCUCAGGCAUGGUCGAUGCAGAAGAGACGGGGGAGGCACUGUCUGAGGAGACUACAGGUGAACAGUCUACACGGUCUUUUAUCUUGGAUAAAAUGAUUGAAGAGGAUGAUGCUUAUGACUUCAGUACAGAUUAUGUGUAACAGAACCAUGGCUUUUUAUGAGAUUUUUUUUUUUUUUUUUUGAAACGGGGUCUCGCUGUCGCCCAGGAUGGAGUGCAGUGGCGCGAUCUCCGCUCACUGCAGGCUCCGCCCCCCAGGGUUCAUGCCAUUCUCCUGCCUCAGCCUCUCUGAGUAGCUGAGACUACAGGCGCCCGCCACCACGCCCGACUAAUUUUUUUUUUCUUGUAUUUUUUAGUAGAGACGGGGUUUCACCAUGGUCUCGAUCUCCUGACCUCGUGAUCUGCCCACCUCGGCCUCCCAAAGUGCUGGGAUUACAAGCGUGAGCCACCACGCCUGGCCUAAUUUUUUUUUUGUAUUUUUAGUAGAGACGGGGUUUCACUGUGUCAGCCAGUAUGGUCUCGAUCUCCUGACCUCGUGAUCCGCCCGCCUCAGCCUCCCAAGUGCUGGGAUUACAGGCGUGAGCCACCGUGCCUGGCCUUUUUUUUUUUUUUUAACAUUCUAAGCAGACUGCUAAACUGUUCUCUGUAUAAUGUGUCUAAGUUAUGGUGUGCGUGAGCUGUGUAAAUUUUGUGAAUAUUAUAUUAAAACCAGGCAAUGUGGAAUCCCUAAAUUCUGUAAAAAGACAAUUCAUCUCACUGUGAGUGGAAGUAGUUUCUGGAAUAAAAAAAGAAGAUACCUAUUGAAAAA